CAAAGAUUCCAAAGACAGCUUAACCCAAACAUAAUAAAAAGUGAUAUUAUAUGCUAUGAACAAAACCUAACUUGGAUCCGAAACUAUUGUUUUGAUUGUAUAUACAUAUAUAUAUAUAUAUAUAUAUAUGCAAUCACAUUGCGUUUUAUGAUCUUUACUGCCUAAAAUAAGGGUUUUGUAAUUCUGACAUGGCAAACUCCCGAGGGCCAUCAACAACGAGAAAUAUUAUGUACAAUGGAAGGAAUCCUUUACUCCCUCCUAAAAGUCCAUUUCCAUGCAUUGCUCCCUCUUAUACUGAUUAUUUUUCAACUUCUGUAAACGGACCAAAAGGAUUACCUAAAUUUAAAGAUGGAAAUUCACACCAUCAACGUGCUUCCUCUGAAAGCCUUGUAAUUGAAGAACAACCUUCUUGGCUGGAUGAACUUCUUAAUGAACCAGAAACGCCCGUACAAAGAGGCCAUCGGCGCUCAUCAAGUGACUCCUUCACAUAUUUGGAGGCGGCCAAUGCUGCUAACACAGAAUAUGCUGUAAAAAAUGAGCACCAGAUGAGAAGUUUGACUUCUGCUCCUUUAUGGGGGUCACCAAGUUUUCUUUCUAAAGAUGCUCGAAAUACGCCAGUCUAUAUGGAACCGAAUCUCGUAAUUAAAAAUAAUACCCGGGCAUGGGAAUCACCACAAAAUGAUAACAUGGGUCUCCGAAGAUCAGUAUCCUUGGGUGCUGCACAAGAACUCAAUGGAAUGGCUUCAACUCGGGAAAAGCAAGAAGCAGUUGAAUCUAGCCCACAAGAUUCCGCUGAAGCUCGACCUCACGAUGCAAACAAUUCUUCAGAAAAAAAGGAUUAUUCUAAUACCAGGGAUUCUGCAUCAGAAUUAGAGACAAAACGUGCCAAGCAGCAAUUUGCUCAACGUUCGCGGGUACGGAAGCUUCAGUACAUAGCUGAGCUAGAGAGAAGUGUACAGGCUUUACAGGCAGAAGGUUGUAAGGUUUCAGCUGAGGUGGAGUUUCUAAACCAACAAAGUCUUAUUUUGGGAAUGGAAAACAAGGCACUAAAACAACGUUUGGAGAAUUUGGCUCAGGAGCAACUUAUUAAGCGUUUGGAGCAUGAAGUUUUGGAGCGAGAGAUUGGGCGACUAAGGGUCUUGUAUCAGCAACAACAGCAACCACCUCCACCACCGCAACCACAAGGUCAUCGACGAACUGCUAGUCGUGAUAGACUUGAUUUCCAAUUUGCAAACCUUUCUUUGAAAAAUAAGGACUCUAGCUCUGUCCGUGAUCCUGUUUCUAGCCAACCCCGGACCUGAAAAUGAAUUAUUACAACUGCAUCUGAAAACAAUUACUACCCUUAAAGUAUUAUCCACUCGUAGCCUUCUUUCCUGGUUUUGGGAGUGGUUUUGCUUUUGGGUUUAUGUUUGUUGGCUAUUUUAUAAGCUAAAUUAGCAUCUUACUUGCACCUGGUAGUCAUUUCCCCGGAAAACGUCGUUUUUUUCCAGUUGGGAAUUCACCGGAGGUGGAAACUUGGGAAAUGAUACAAUGUUUCACUUUCCUUUGGUUUCUUGGUGUUUGAUUGAUAGUUGGCAUAGACUUGUUUACUCAGCUCAUAAUGAUUUAACCUUUUUGUGAUAAAGACUAAUAAAGAUUCUCAAUGAAGUUAAUCCAGAUUGUUUA